GCGUGCGCGAAGAACCAGUCAGCGACGACGAUCUAGUGGCAGUGGUCGCGAUGCGUCGACGCAAUCAAAGUGGCAGUGUCAGUGCGUGAAGUGAGGUUAUGUUACAUGCGAUACCGUGACGACAACAAUUAAACAAUGAGUCAGGCCAGCCAAGUGACAGUUGAGCCUGUGGACGCGGCGCCGACCGCAACCAUAGAGGAAGACGACUUUCGUUACUUCGAGGAAGCUGAGGAAAUUGAGGAUUCUCACAGUGAACAAGAAGAAGAAGCGAUGACAGUGGAACCACCGUUAGUUCGAGUGGCGACGUGUGGAUCGACCAUCAGCCAUCUCAAACAUGACUACAGAACCAGAUACAGAGGGGGGCCAGGCACAGGGAAUGCCUACAGAAAACUACGAAGAAGAGCCGUGUUUAAGAACGGAGAGUACAACGUCAUCCAGACACAUGUCUCCAAGAGACGAAGAAAAUACUUGCAGGACCUGUUCACAACCUUGGUGGACAUCAAGUGGCGAUGGACUAUUCUGGUGUUUGCUCUCUCCUUCCUCAUGUCCUGGUUCAGCUUUGCCUGUCUCUGGUGGCUGAUAGCCUACACCCACGGUGACUUGGAGCCAGAAAAUCUGAAACCUGAUUCCGGCUGGACUCCGUGUGUGGAUAACAUCAAUGGAUUCACUUCUUGCUUCUUGUUCAGUCUCGAGACACAACACACCAUCGGCUAUGGAGGACGAGCAACAACAGAGGAAUGUCCAGAGGCAGUGCUCACCAUGUGUAUGCAGAGUAUAUGGGGAAUGAUGAUACAGGCAUUCAUGGUGGGAAUUAUCUUUGCCAAGAUGGCACGUCCCAAGCAGCGCACGCAGACACUGUUGUUCUCGCGCAAUGCGGUCGUCUGUCAGCGUGACGGCCAGUUGUGUCUGAUGUUCCGAGUGGGUGACAUGCGUGAAAGGUCGCACUUGAUAGCAGCAAGUGUCCGAGCGCAGAUCAUCCGACCCAGGGCGACCAAAGAGGGAGAAUAUUUGUCACCUUUCCUGUGUGAACUGGACGUCCAAGUGGAUGACUACAAUUCCAACAUCUUCCUCAUAUGGCCGAAGGUUGUUGUCCACAAGAUAGAUGCCUCAAGUCCUCUUUAUCAUCUGAGUGCAGCCGACAUCAUACAUGACAGGUUCGAGAUCGUUGUGAUCCUGGAAGGCACGACGGAGUCCACAGGGCAGACGACGCAAGCUCGAUCCUCUUACCUUCCUCACGAAAUCCUCUGGGGCCACCGGUUUGAGCCGAUUGUCUCUUACAGCAAGGAGAAACUCAGCUACAUCGUUGACUACAGCUUGUUCCAUAACACGUACCAGGUAGACACUCCGCUGUGCAGUGCGCAGGAACUGCAAACGUUCAUGGAACAGACUGCUGCAGUGCUGGAGGAUUACGCUUGACACUACGUGACCCAGGCACUCCGUGACUACGUGACUCGGAGAUCACUCAUUGACUUUGUAUCCCGUGAGACAUUGUGACUACCUGAUCCAAGGGUGUAUCUACGUGACCUCAAGGUUGGUGUGACAUAUCCUGAAGGUCUCUGUGACUACGAUUCCAGAGGGUCACAUUUGAUAUAGUUAAAAUGUGACCUGAAAAAAACUAACUUCACUCACUCAGGAGGUGUAUUGGUUACCUAUUGGACAAUUUUUUUUUCUAAAAUGAAUUGACAAAAUGGUUGGCUAAUUAAGGCAACACGGUUAUUGUAAUGGGGAGGGAGUGUGUCUUAGAAAUUUUAUAAGUAGCAAAAAACAGCAACUAUAACAUAAAAAAACUCGUUAACAGUAAUUAGUAAACAAUGUACCAUAUAAUCAUACCAAGCAAACAUGGGUGAGUUUUAAAAUAUGCACCUUACUAGAAUGGUUUUAAAAAGUUGUGUCGAUCAACGCCAUUAAUAGCAUUUUUUUUACGUUUUAAAGGGACCGGUCCAAACCCUGGUCUUGCUACUAUCUAAUGUCGAGCUUUUGAUAGAUUGCUAGCUGCAAAUGGCAUCUGAGUCCAGUAAAGAUCUCGCUUGGAAUCAAACUAGCAACCUUCAGAUUUGAAGGCAAGCGCUAUAACCAUUCGGCUACCCAGGCAGGUUCGCCUGUUAUAAUUACUCAUAGUAUUGGAAUUAAGAAGUGGAAUAUGUCUGUACUAAUUGAGUUAAUCAAAUUUUAAUUGUGACCAUAAAAGUUUGAACCAAUAAGAAAAAAAAACUUUAAAAUUAGGAAGCAUCUUUCAAAGUAGUAACUCUUUAUGCUUUGAUCUACAUUUAGGGUCCAAUAAUUUUAUUCACAAAAAUACAAUAAAGGUCUGGAUAACGUAAACUCAUAGAAUUAAAUAUCUUAGGUUUUCAAUACACCUCCUACAAUUUUAUGAUAUAAGAACAUUGUCUAGACUGCUGCCACUAAAAUAGUCGUCACUUUGAGAAAAGUUAAUCAGGGUAUCAAGUGUGAUUUUUACAUUAUAUUCAGGAAUGAGGUUGAAAUAUUUUCAUUAUAUGUAUUUAAAAUUUAAAUACAUCUUUUAUAGGUACUGGUACUUCAUUUUAUGGUUUUCAAUUAAAAUUGAACAAAGUAGGCUACGUUUUACAUGCGGUACCUUGACAUUAAUUAGAAAAUACAACCUCAGAAAUAGAAAUGAGGUCAACAAUUUUUUUUUUUUAAGAGGUUGCCAACCUCUUUUAUCUUACAUUUGCCCGUCCACAUGGGGCACUGCACAGUGGCAGAUCCUGAAGGGGGCAACCGCCCCCCUCGGGCAUACAUUUAUAUAUUUUUCUGCAUGUAAUACAGUAGUGCAUACACAUUGCGUAAAAUAAUUUGUCACACUAACUUUGUACAAAGAAAUGGUAUAAAACUGACAUUUUGGAGUCUUAGUUUACACAGAUUUUUCAGGGAGGUAUCCCCAAAACCACCCAGUUUGCCCCACCCCUUGUGACUGUUCUAGAUCCGCCACUGGCACUGCAUGCCUAAGCGUGGAAUGUAUCCAACAAAGCAAGGGGUGAGCCAGUACAGUACAAAGGUGAACUAUACUGAUAAAAGUAGUGUCAGGUACCAGGUUCCAAACCGAAAUCACUGCCUUGGGCCUUAAGUUAGCUGAUUAUUUUUAUGGUAUUAAUGAGCAAAAGUAGCAAAUAUUUUGUAGAAACAUUUUACGCGGAAAUUCACAAAUGAUACAAACACUAAUUUAAGUCUUCAUAACGCACAGAUCCAUUUAACGGGAAAUGGUUGUCUUUGAUGUCCCAUAAAUAGGCAAUUCUGUUUAUUUCUAAGACAACUACUGUACAAAUUACAAAAAAAUUAAAAAUCAAAUAUCUUAUCGGGAUAAUAAUGCAAAACUCACACUUUUCACCCCAUUUUAUUCUUAGCAAAAAUGUAAAAGAAACUGAAUGUGUAUAAGUUUAAUAUGUUUUAUUUUUGAGAGAUUUCUAGAAAUGUGUAAAUUAUUUAGAGAUUUUUGUAUAUUUAAUACUUUAUACCUGUUGUAUACCUUGUCGAAUUUAUUUUUAUUCACAUUGUGUACAAAUCUUUUUGGAUAUGCUAGCAACAUUGAACUAUUUUUAUUUAGUGUAGCACAAAUCACUUUUUAAUAUAUUUUUCCUGGUAUAUUUAAUAAGGUUACAUUCUGUAAGAAAAUUAAAUACAGAAUGUAUUUACUAUUUAUUGUAAAAAAAUGUAUCACUUAUCGUUGAACAAAUUCAGAAAUGACUGAAUUAUAAAUUUAAGUAUGAGUUAUUGUUAUUUUAGCAAUGUUAAUAGUUACAUACUAAUGUUGAUUGUUAUGUAUAAACAAAUAAAUGUAAGUUCAAAUUUAUUUUGUAGUAAUUAUAUGUUAUGCUUUUAAAGCGAUAACUCGCCAUUUAUCUCUUAACAACAUUCACAGGUAAUUCAAAAACGUUUAUUUAUUUAAAAUACACUGCCAAUAAUAAAAUACUCUUAUACUUUACAGAUUUAAAUUGAAUUUAAAAAUUAAAAUUUAUAAUUUUACUUGUGAAGUAUGUUGUAAAAAAUAGAAAAUCAACUAAAAAAUUGCAGCCAUUUCGUUAAGUGCCAUAAAUGUGUGCCUUAUAAGUUUAUAUAUUGUUUUUAAAGUUAGCUACAUUAAUAAUUAAACUGAACUAAACAACCUUCCAAUCUCUCUGAAUCAAAAUGUUCUUCCAUCAAACUUGAAUUGAACUCAAACCAAAUUGUUAUUUUUUUACCUUCUAUUUAGUCUAAUCGUCCAAAUACCUGAUGAGAAUUUGUUCAUUGUUCCUCUAUGUAAUUUAUCUGUGCCAAUGUAAAAUAUUUGUAUCGAUUGUUCUUCCUCAAACUUAUUUGUACCUAAUUCAAUAAUGUUAAAAAUUUGCAUGUAAUGCAUUGCCCAAAAUACUUUCUUUAAGUAGAUAACGAGCUUUAGACUAGGCUUAAAAUAGGUUUUGAACCUCCAUUAGACUAGGAUUGUAUAUAAUUGUACAGUUAUAAUAAGACGUAGUGUCAAUUUGUGAUUUGAACAACCAAAACAGGGGUUAUGUUUAGUAGGGACAGAGUGACAGAGUCAAAUAGUAGGGAAGGUGAGAUUUUUACAAUUUCCCUUGGUAUGGUUUUACAUUCCCAGAGGGGAAGACAAGAGAGAAAAUGCUAUAAUUUUGUAUAGCAAUGUAGAGCGUGCUGUAUCGAAAACCGAUAAAAAAACACUAUAUGGGGGAUGGGGGUGAAAGGAACUAAUAGAAAUUCCUUGCUUUUACAAAUUAAAAAAUUAAAAUUAUUGUCAAAAGUAUUAUAAAUUAAAGAUAAAUGAUCUUUACCAUACAAUCCAAGAUAAAUUACAUAAUAAUAAGCAACAAAACUUACUUUCAUCAUGAGUUAUUUCAUUUUUAUUUUCAUACUAGUAAUAAAAAGGUUUUACUGGUCCACAAGUGUAAUGAACAGUUAUUUUGAGUUAAAUUUCAGUCCUCUUACUCUAUUCAUGACAGAGUAACCAAACAUUAUGAGGUGAAUUAAUUAGCUCUUAAAGUUUAAAAUCUCACCUUCUUUCUGACUCUAUUUAGUCCUAUUGACUCGCUUUGCACAAAAGACAUUAAAAUGUCAAGUUGUUACCGGUUAUUUGAGCUUUGUACGUUUGUUUUACGCUUGUUACGGAUUGAAUCCGAAUUUUCAAAUGUGUGAGACACAUGUUGACUCUAUUAAAUUUUUAUAUGAAG